AUGGAACAGCUUGCUGGUCUGGACUUGCAGCCUCAGGCUCCUAAGAGUACUGGCCGCUACAUCCCUCCACAUCUGCGUAGGCAGUUGGAGUCCAAAGGUGAGGAUUCUAAGCGCUCGAGCUUAGAGUCUCGACCGAACGACACACGAGACAGUCGUUCAUCAUUCGGUGGCAACCCUAGAGCCGGCUACGACCGUGGUGGUCGGCGCGACGACCGCGACCGUGACCGCGACCGUGACAACGAUCGCGGCUACGACUCGCGAUACCCGCGCAGGGACCGCGGUCGUGACUCGGGCUACCAGAAUGGUGAUUCAGAGCGAUGGACGGAGGGCGAGCGCUGGGGGGGCAGCGGCUCGGGGGCCGCCAGCGGAGCCCGGAGCACACUCCCCUCGAGGGACGUGCGACGCGACGAGGACUUCAAUGAGCCUCCUCAGCCAAGGAACGAUCGCUGGAAGGAGCCGGAGCCGAGGGAAGACCGGCAGCACUCGCGCUGGCCCUCCGAUGACGUGCGGCGAACAUCCAAUCGCAGAGACGAGAACGAUUGGACAAUCCCGUUACCUCGCGACGAGCGGCAGGAGUUGGAGCUGUUUGGCACCGGCAACACAGGCAUUAACUUCUCCAAAUACGAAGACAUACCGGUCGAGGCUAGCGGGGACUCCGUGCCGGAAUUCAUUACGAGCUUCGAGGAUGUUAACCUGACGGAGAUAAUGCGCACGAACAUUGCAUUCGCACGUUACGACAAGCCGACUCCGGUACAGAAGUACGCUAUACCCAUAGUACUAGGGCGGCGGGACGUUAUGGCGUGCGCUCAGACCGGCUCGGGAAAGACGGCCGCCUUCCUCGUGCCAAUACUCAACCAGAUGUAUGAAGCGGGACCCGUCAAGAACGCUGGUCCGUAUCUCAAACGUAAACAGUAUCCGCUCGGUCUAGUGUUGGCCCCCACGCGCGAGCUCGCCACACAGAUCUAUGAUGAAGCCAGGAAGUUCGCUUAUCGCUCUCGUGUACGACCAUGUGUUGUAUACGGCGGAUCUUCAAUCCUGGACCAGUUCCGUGAGUUGGAGCGCGGCUGUCACCUGCUAGUAGCGACGCCCGGUCGUCUCGUAGACAUGCUGACUCGCGGGCGUGUCGCUUUAGACCACUGUCGUCACCUCGUGCUAGACGAGGCCGACCGCAUGUUGGACAUGGGCUUCGAACCCCAGAUCCGUAAGAUCGUUGAGGGCCACAACAUGCCCAAGACCGGCGAGAGGCAGACGCUCAUGUUCUCAGCGACCUUCCCCAAGCAGAUACAGGUCCUAGCUCAGGACUUUCUCCAUAACUACGUUUUCCUUGCCGUCGGCCGCGUCGGUUCUACUUCGGAGAAUAUCACCCAGAAGGUGGUGUGGGUUGAAGAGCAAGACAAGCGUUCCUUCCUGCUCGACUUACUAAAUGCUUCCAACCUACUACAACGUAAUAACGAAGAAGAUCAGCUCACCCUUGUCUUCGUUGAAACUAAGAAAGGAGCCGAUCAGUUGGAGGACUUUUUGUACGCGGAUGGGUACCCUGUGACGUCUAUCCACGGUGAUCGUUCUCAACGCGAGCGUGAAGACGCUCUGCGUCGGUUCCGUACGGGACAGACGCCGAUACUGGUCGCUACGGCCGUCGCCGCUAGAGGCUUGGACAUACCUCACGUGCGUCACGUCAUAAACUUCGAUCUGCCGUCUGAUGUUGAGGAGUACGUGCAUCGUAUCGGUCGUACAGGUCGUAUGGGGAACCUCGGUGUGGCGACUUCAUUCUUCAACGAUUCUAACCGCGGGCUUGCGCGAGAUCUAGUUGAAUUGCUAGUCGAGGCUAAGCAAGAUGUGCCCAAUUGGCUAACAAGUGCGGCUGUAGAUGGUCGUGCGGGUGGUGGCGGUCGUCGCGCCGGCAGUCGGUCCGGCGGCGGCAGGUUCGGUGGUAGCGGGUUCGGUGCCCGCGAUUUCCGUACUCAGUCGCGGCAGGCACCACGCUCGGCUGGACCGUCUACCAUCGGCUCAGGUGGUUUCGGCUACGGUGGGGGCGCGUACGGCGGCAACUACGGCGGUUCAUACGGCGGAGGCGGCGGCGGGAACAGCACCGGCCCUGACUGGUGGGGCGACUCUUAG